ACGAGCUUUCAGUAGGUGGCUGUGGACCAAGGCAGACGUACGCGGUGUGGGAACAGAUUGCUUGUGUUGUGACGGCUGGAAGACUUGUUUUGGUGGUGAAAAGAGUGAAAUCUCAAAACUUUGCUGGAAACGACUCAAAACAUGAAGAUUUUAAGGUGCAUCAGACGUGCCCAUUAUGGCGUCGAGACGUUAGUUGUGCGGUGAUGGUUGUAGGUGGAUGCUUUGAGUGUCGAGUCGUGAAGGAAUGUGGAAGUGGGACAAAUGUUUGUGUGAAUUUGCCACCUGAGUCCUGGAAGGAAUAAUGCAGUCGAGAAGGUUCGACAUGUCUUAUGGAUACCUAAUUUUUCUGCUGUGGCGGCUGGUGUCGCUGUGGGCCGCGGCGGAGGGCGCGGACCUCGUCAUCCAGAUCCCCGGGAACCUGAGCCCGGACGGCUCCUACCGGCUGGACUACUCGCCGCCGCACGGCUCCCCGCCGCCCAACGCCACCAUCGCCAGCAGGGACAUCGGGGACGUGAUCCAGUUCAGUCAGGGCCUGCCUGGCACCAAGUAUGAGUUCUGGCUCUUCUACUCGAACUCUACAGUCAACGACUGGCUCACCUGGACAGCCUCUAUCACCACAGCACCGGACCCGCCUACCAAUUUGUCAGUAAAUGUACGCAGCGGUAAGGUGGCCCAGGUGUCCUGGAGCCCACCAGCUGUGGGGCACUAUAACAACUUCAAAGUGAAGGUGGUGAACCUGUCUGAAUCACCCCAUCAGCAGCCGGUGCUGCGGUCAGAAGAGGCAGUGAGUCCGUUUACGUUGAAAGAUCUAAUGCCUGGCGCCACAUAUCAGCUCCAGCUCUUUACUGUGUAUGAUGGCAAGGAGAGUGGAGCAUACACCUCAAGGAAUUUCACCACAAAACCCAACACACCGGGGAAAUUCAUUGUAUGGUUCCGUAAUGAAACAACAUUAUUGGUAUUGUGGCAGCCACCGUAUCCUCCUGGAGUCUACCUGCAUUACAAGGUUUCCAUAGAUCCUCCUGAUGCUGUUGAAAGUGUUUUAUAUGUCGAAAAAGAGGGUGAACCACCUGGUCCUGCACAAGCAGCGUUUAAAGGACUAGUACCAGGACGGGCUUAUAAUAUAUCUGUGCAGACUGUCAGUGAAGAUGAAGUAUCUGCCCCUACAACUGCACAGUAUAGGACAGUUCCCUUGAGACCUAUGAAUGUCACUUUUGACAAAAAUAGCAUUACAUCCAACUCCUUCAAGGUUCAUUGGGAACCACCUAAAGGAAAUAGUGAAUUUGAUAAGUACCAGGUUUCCAUAUCUGUAAGAAGACAGCCACCAGUGACAAGAAAUCGAGAUGAGCCUACAGCCUGGGAAUUUCGAGAUGGUUUGGAAGCAGGAAAAACAUACCAAGUCCUUGUUAAAACAGUCUCUGGCAAAGUUACCUCCUGGCCAGCGUCAGGAAAUGUGACAUUGAAGCCAUUACCUGUUCAAGAUUUACACUCUGCCACUGAUGACAAGACAGGAGUUGUGAAGAUCACUUGGUCACCUGACAAUUCAAGUUACCAGGAAGGCUAUAAAAUUACUUAUCAUGAAGUUGAAACAUACAAUGGUGAUAGCAACUCUGUGCUAGUUGAUAAAGAUCAAACAUCACUUUCUUUGGAGUCCUUAUUGCCAGGAAGAAAUUAUUCUGUGACAGUUCAGGCUACUAGUAAUGGAUUAGAUUCAAACCACACCAACAUAUAUGUUGCUACACUUCCAUCCUCACCCAUUAUUGAAGACUUGCGCCCAAUUAUCAAUGGGCUGAAUAUAUCUUGGAAAUCAGAUGUUAAUUCAAGGCAAGAAAAAUAUGAGGUCACCUAUGUUAGGAAUGAUACAGGAGCCCGUGUCACUACAUUGACUACAGACUCACGCCUGGUCCUUGAUAAUUUGUAUCCGGGGGCUGGUUAUGAGGUUGAAGUGUUUGCUGUGAGCCAUGGGCUUCAAAGUGAACCUCAUGAUUACUUCCAAGCAGUGUAUCCUAAUCCACCAAGAAAUUUGAGCAUCGAAAAAGUGACUAGUAAUUCAGUUCUAGUGCGCUGGGAAAGCCCAAAAGACUCAAUAUUUUCUGAAUAUUCCAUCAGGUAUCGCACUGAGGAAGAUGAGAGAUGGGUAAAACUUCCAGCAGUACGAGAAACAGAAGCUGAAGUCACAGAUAUGACCCCUGGAGAAAAGUAUAUGGUUCAGGUUAACACUGUUAGUUUUGGAGUGGAAAGCAGUGCCCCUCAAGAAGUUAAUCACACAGUCCGUCCAAACCCUGUCUCAAAUAUUGCUCGCUUGAUUGAUUCUAACAAUGUGACUUUGGAAUUUCCUCGUCCAGAGGGUCGCAUUGAGUAUUAUAUUAUCAUGUGGCAAGCUGAGGAUGGAGGCGUCGAUCCUGCCCCUAAAUCCCGUAAUGUUAAUGACACUGGUGAUGAUGAAGGUGUUAUGGUUCGAAUUCUCAUCACUGAUUUAAUGCCUGGAGUAAAAUAUGCUAUGGAAAUACAGACUGUCAGCUAUAAUUUGCAUUCCGGUACAACUAAACUGUCAGCCAGAACAAUGCCACUUAUCCAAUCUGAGGUAUUGGUAGUAAGCAAUCUGCAAGAGACUGGUCAACUAACUCUCCGUUAUACAAGAACACCUCAGACUUCAUCUCACUUUGACCGAUAUAGAUUCCGGCUAUCAGAUCCCUCCAUUCCAGACCGCGAAAAACUUGCCAACGACACUGAAUCAUCUAAAGUAAUAUUUACUGGCCUUGUGCCUGGCAGGUUGUACAACAUCACAGUUUGGACAGUAUCCGAUGGAGUAGCUAGUUUACCUCUUCAGAGACAAGACCGCAUGUACCCUGAACCUAUUGUUGGAAUCAAUGCCUCCCAGAUAACAGAUACAGAUAUUACACUGACUUGGGAACCACCUAGGGGUGAAUUUAAUGCAUUUGAGGUACAAUAUCUAAAUACAGAGGGUCUCUUAAUCCAGAAUUUGACAUUAGGAGACUCUAUCACCAUCAGUGAACUUAAACCUCAUAGAAAUUACACUUUCACUGUUGUUGUGAGAUCUGGCACUGAGUCCUCUGUCUUGAGACGGUCUCUUCCAGUGUCUGCAAUUUUCCAAACACAUGAAUCUGUGCCUGGCAAGGUGGAGAAGUUUGUUCCGGUUGAUAUUUUGCCUGGCGAUAUCUCAUUUGAAUGGGCUUUGCCAAGUAACCAGCAGAAUGGUAUCAUUCGAAAGUUUACCAUCACAUAUGGGUUAGAUGGCUCUACCCACACUCAAGUUCGAGACUUUAACCCAUGGGAAAUUCAUGGCACAAUCAAAGGACUCUUUCCAGGAAAAACCUAUGUAUUUAGGAUUCAAGCAGAAACACGAGUGGGCUAUGGACCUGAAGCAGUAUGGAAGCAAAAGAUGCCAAUUUUACCCCCGCCUAGAUCAUCUGGAACUUUGGUUCCAACCGAAGUGUGUCGUAGCACCACGUCAAUUCAAAUUCGUUUCCGGAAAAAUUAUUUUUCAGAUGCCAAUGGUGUUGUGACAUCAUAUACUAUAAUUGUUGCUGAAGAUGAUACAAAGAACUCAUCUGGGCUUGAAAUGCCAAGCUGGAAGGAUGUUCAAGCGUAUAGUAUUUGGCCCCCUUUCCAAGUUAUGGACCCCUAUUAUCCCUUUAAAAACUCAACAAUUGAAGACUUUACAAUUGGUUCCAUGAAUUGUGACAAAACUCGACCUGGAUAUUGCAAUGGUCCUUUGAAAUCAGGUUCAACCUAUCGUGUCAAAGUUAGAGCAUUUACUGCCCCAGAUAAGUUUACAGAUACACAUUACUCUUUCCCAAUUCAGACAGAUCAAGACAACACUCCAAUUUUCAUUGGAGUUGGUGUCCCAGCAGCCUUGGUGGUGCUACUGUUAAUUACCAUUCUAUUACUUCGAAGAAGAAGAUCAGCUCACAAAAAAGCUACUGAUACACGCAACAACGAUAAUAUGUCUUUACCAGACAGUGUAAUUGUGACUAGCCGAGCAAUUCGUUUGGAGAACUUUGCAGACCAUUAUCGUCUAAUGUCAGCAGACUCAGACUUCAGGUUUUCUGAAGAGUUUGAGGAGUUGAAGCAUGUUGGGCGUGAACAAAGUUGUUCAGCAGCUGAUCUGCCAUGCAACCGUCCCAAGAAUCGCUUUACAAAUAUUUUGCCAUAUGAUCACUCAAGAGUCAAGCUUCAACCCGUAGAUGAUGAAGAAGGGUCAGAUUACAUCAAUGCAAAUUAUGUACCUGGACACAAUUCUCCUCGAGAGUUUAUAGUCACUCAAGGACCCCUGCAUUCUACUAGAGAUGACUUCUGGAGAAUGUGCUGGGAGUCUAAUUCACGUGCCAUUGUUAUGUUAACUCGAUGCAUUGAGAAAGGGAGAGAAAAGUGUGAUCAUUACUGGCCUUAUGACACACUUCCUGUGUACUAUGGUGACAUUUGUGUCACUAUACUAAAUGACAGUCACUACCCUGACUGGACUAUCACAGAAUUCAUCAUGUGCAGAGGUGAGCAAUCUCGUGUGAUGAGGCACUUCCACUUCACAACCUGGCCAGAUUUUGGUGUGCCCAACCCUCCUCAAACCUUAGUCAGAUUUGUGCGAGCUUUUAGAGAUAGAGUUGGGCCUGACCAGCGGCCAAUUGUUGUACAUUGCAGUGCUGGUGUUGGGCGCUCUGGUACCUUUAUAGCCCUAGAUCGGAUUCUUCAAAGUUUGUCCCAUUCAGAUUGUGUUGACAUAUUUGGCAUUGUCUGGCAAAUGCGUAAGGAGAGAGUUUGGAUGGUUCAAACUGAGCAACAGUACAUAUGUAUACAUCAGUGCCUGCUAGCUGUGCUAGAAGGGAACGAAGGUGGAGGUGGUCCUGGCUCCACACAACGAGAGGCUCAUCACAACCAAGGCUUUGAAGAAUGGUGGAAUGGAGUUCGUUGCGCUCUUCGUUCUGUUGCUGCAUCUGUUCGCUGUGCCAUGUCUUCUAAGUCAUCUGAUGGCACCUCUGGUGCCACAACAACUAAGGGCGAGAGUGAAAAAUGAAAAUGGUGUGAUACCUGAUGAUGAAGGUAUUGCAGAAUCUGGCAUGUGAGCAUCCUACAUCCUGUCAGAUUCUCAGUACAUGUGAAUCAACCUCGCUCCAGUCAUCAAAUGUGCCCUAAAUUGUAUUUUCUAGUUAGUUUCCACAAGAUAUUGAUGUAUCAAUUAGCACAUGGUGAAAAGCAUGGCAAAACAAAUUCUAUUGUUGACUGUUAAUAGAAUUCACCGGGCCAUGUCAUGCUAGUGAGAUACGCCAACCUUUUGAUUGUGCUAUAGUUGUUUUUACCUUAAGAUAUUAUACUGUAUCAUGACGGACUUAUGUUAUAUUUCAAGACGUUUCUCUUGCAAAAUUCCUGCAAUAAUCCAUAAAGAGGGAACAAUUGACAAAUUAUUUUAUUGUUCAUGUGAGAAAAAUUUGAUUGUGAUAAAUUUUCAAUUCUAGUGUUUAUUAUUACAGUAGAACUAUUCUCUUUUUUAAAUUCCUAGCUUCCAUUCGGAAAACUGUGAGGAGUUGCUUGAGUUGGUCUGUUUAUGUGAUUAUGCCGUCUCUUUAAGAUUUGUACAAAACGUAUCAUGAACAACCACUGGAUUUUAAUUUGAGAGAAUCUAUGUGGUUUGGGUAUGAUACAUUUGUUUUUGUUUUCUUUAGAAAAUUCCUGUUAGGUUGCAUUUAAGCAAAGUGAUCACAUUAAUCUGAGCUAGUUCAGCCUUCUUUAUCACAAAUUCUUGCUUUUAUCGACUUUAAUUCUUGGCUAACUCCUUGCCAGUCUCAAAAUACCUCUAUUUUAUUUUUAUACUUGGAUUGUAAUGAUUACAGGGAGGGUGCUGCUCCUAACAAUUUCACUUAUUUUCAUUGCUCUCAUGCUAAACUUUUAUACUUUGAACUUGGAGAACAGUGCCCUUGUGAAUAUUUGUUAAGCAUUGUGAUAAUAAUUUUAAGAUACAUGUGUGCAUUUAGUGUUUUGGACAUCGCUCACUGUCAGUCAACGUUUUUUAUCAUCUUCCCCUCUUCCUUAUCUCUAAGAAAUACGUACAGAAGAUACUUUAUUCCAUAGCUUUUCUAGGCCCUAGAAGAAAGAGUUUAACACUAUAAAACUGAGAUCUGAUUUAGUUUUUGAUUUUAUAAGAUGACUAUUUUGUGAAUUGUUUUAAUUUGUAAAAUGUGUAUCUGGUGAAUGUACUUAUACCUUCAGACAAAUUGAAUGACUUGGAUGAAACAUGUUAAUUGUUAGUGCCAGAUCUUAGCAUAAAUGGUUACCAUAUUAGACAUUAUUACCUCUACUUUUCUCAUGCACAAUCCUUAAUGGUGAUUGUCAGUAAGAUAUGCAACAAUUCCUUGCUUUUUGCUGAUCAGAUACCUAAGGAGCAUCUUAUUUUGUUUCUGUAAAAUUGCGUUGAGUUUAAUUAAUGCAUUUACCUCAUCCUGCCCUGAUGUCAUGGCAGCUACUUCAUCUUAAUGAAUUCUAUAUAUUAUGUAUGAAGUUUUGAACCAAAUGUACAGUAUUUGACUUAAUCAUGGCAGUGUCGUCACAUCAUUAUUUUUGUGCUAGUUUUUUUGUGAUUAGAUUUUUUUUAUUAUUGCAUGCAUUUGUCUCUGUGUAUGCUGAUUGACAUUAUAGGGACCAAUCAGAACCAAGCAGUAUGAUUGUAGUCUGAUUUAAAUGAAGUCACAUGUUUAUAUUAACAAGCAUAGUCUAUAAAUUUUUUAAAUUCUUAUUUCUAAGAGCUUUCUGAUCAAGAAAUUUUAUAUUACACCUUAUACCUGUAGUAGAUUCCGUCCAUUUUGCAUUGUCUGUCUCUUGCUUGUUUUUUGUUGCUGCAGUAACUUUCAGUCGAGAAACUUGAUGUCAACUACUUGAUAACAAAAAUCUGACUGAAAUUGAGUUGUUGAAAUACAUUAGUAACUGAUAA